AUGCAAACAGCGAAGAGUAAGAAGGUGAAGCAAAAUGGUAUGGUUGAGUGCGGGCAGGCAAUUGACAUACGCGCACUAGAGGAGACACAAAUAUUUGGCCCAAUCUUCUUCACGAUCAUCGUCACCGUGGCUGACGCUGCAGGUGUCGCAGCUUCAGUCAUUGACGCCGGAACACUAGGUGAAGUGAACUACAACGACUACUUGCAGUCGCAGCAGCAGCGGCAACAGCAGCAGUCGCAUGAGGGCUACGCGAGCUGUGUUGGUGUUGGUAGGGGUGUGGCUAGCCGAGGCAACACGACGACCGCCUCAAGUGUAAACCACCUUUCAACUCUUACUCCCCGGCGGUGGUGGUAG